CUCAGUCAACUCUGUCGCCGCAGCGGCGUCUGUCGGCCAAUCGAGACAGACGAGAGAGAGAGACAGAGAGAUUUUGAAAGAUUCAACGGAACCCCUAGUCUGAACGCGUUUGAUUCCCUCCACCAGAAGCUUCCGGCUACUGCAGCCUGCUUUCUAGAGAGACAAAUUCGUCCGAUCGGGAGAAUUUUUAUCUCAUCUAGCGAUCCGUCAGGAGAUAUUAACUGAAGUCCUGAUUUUCGCUUUCUCGAUAUAGCGAAGGAAAAGGGGAAAUCGUUGAGGGAGAUUCUGGAGACGAAGGAAACGACGACUCCUUUCCGGAAAUCGAAGGUGUUCGAUGACGAGAGUGCGGCCAGGGUAGGCUGGGGGAAGUGGAGGAUGCCGAUGGAGAAGCCGGGCGUGGAGAACGUUAAUGUGCUGGCGAUCGAGUGCCUGAAAGGCAGCUCGAAGGCGGACGAAUGGAACUGGGAGAUGUUGCAGACGGGGGACAUCGUGGAGGAGUUGCGCAUCGGGAGCUCGGCGUGUGCCAGGUCGCCGUUCAAGAGCGGACGCAGCGGCGUGCAGAAGCUGCUGCACACGGCCUUCAAGCGGAACGAGUCGUCCAUAACCGUACGGGUGCGGAGGGGCCGUGACGAGUUCGUGGAGCUGCAGGCAUGCAUCGUCCCCAACGACGCCGCUGGGCGCAAGCAGUACAUGCUCCGUUCCAUCGACGACCCGAAUUAUGCCGUCGGCUUUGUCGAUCGCACCGAGAGCGAGUGCUUCGAGCUCCAAGGCACGAGGAGCACAAGAGUGGUGACUGCACUGUGCACGGCACAGCUGAAGGACGGGUACGUGUCAUAUGCAUGGGAGAAGAUGAUGAGGGACUACCUGCCCAUCCCAAAUUCCAGCUGUUUCCUCUCCCUCCUCGUCCUUCCUAGCGCCCCUGACCGCGUAGCUGCGCACUACAACGACCUCGACGACACUCUCGCCAGGGCCAACGCCUGGCUGGUUGCUGCCCAGGCCUCCGGUGUCCCAAUCGUCUUUAUGAACGUACAGACCGAGCCGCUGCUGACAAAGAUCUCGGGGGAGAGAGCAUCUUCAACUGUAAAUGCGGGAUCUCUGUCUGAGCUAUCCAAUGUCGCCAAUGCUGGACUUUAUGGGUUUGAAGAUUACCAUGGAGUAGACAUUGGAGUAGUCAGAUCUGUCAGGUUAUGGUAUGCGCCUGUUGCUGGAGAGCUGCCUGUGGAGCUUGAGCUAAAGGAUGCAGAUGGGAGGCUGGGUUUCGCAAUUAGCCGCACAGAGGAGGGUUUCAUCUACAUAUCCUCAGUAAUGGAUGUUGAUGGAGAUCACCAGUCCGCAUCACAGAGAGCAGGACUUAAUUCCCUAUACAGAGCUGCGUCGGAAGCAUCAAAGCUCCUCGUAGUUUCAAGAGUAGCCAACGAGAAGGUUCUUCCAUGGAUGGUUUCCUCUUCCGGUGCAAUUCGGUGCUAUGACACAGUCUCUCUUAGCCAGAAACUCUCGUUGCACCGACACGCGCUGAAGCCCAUCCUCAUCCAUGUCUUCCUUUGGGACCGAAACUGCGCCAGAAGUGCUGGUGUAUCUCAUGCUAAGCGACCACCACCAUCAGUACCGCCAUCGCCACCACCGGCAUCAUCACCAACAGCUGCUGUAACGCCGCAACCGGCAUUUACGCCGGAACUCCGGCCAUCCUCCACACAUUCUGACGAGCAUGGAGGCAUGAGAAUCAGCAGAGACACGGCUGGGGAGUUCUCGUUCAGGCUUGAAGAUUUGUCGUUGGCUGGAAAUAACUGGGUUUGAGCUGAUCUCUAGCUCUUUCCUUCUCUCUUCUCAGUUGUUACAGGGCAUUCCACCACGAAACUCUACCUAAGGCUCAGUCAUCGGCAUGAAAGUGCUUUGACUUCAGAUAUGCCCUCUUGGCACAUCUUUGGUUCUCAGCACGGAAUAAGUAACAGAUGAUAACACCUUUGGCAGUGAACAUGGGCGUUUCCUUUUAUGAUCAGUACAGAAUAAAGUCAAGAGGGGCAUUAGCCUUCUUCUACCCUUUCAUGUACUCGACUGAGAGCCCGCGAACAUUUUGGCAAUUUGCCUUUCCAGUUUUGUACAUAGCACGACUGCGUUGUCAUACUCUGUCCUGUCAAAAUAUGAACUUCCGUGAAGCAUUUGGCUUUAAAGAAGGAAAAAGGAUUGCCAGCUUGGUGAGCU